AUGACACUUUUAAGAACAGCUACAAAUUUAAUAUUGAAAGCUUAUAAACGAUAUCCGUACGAUGAUGUUUUGGUCGUCUGUCAAACUCAUCUGUGUACAUUCAAAUCACCAUUCAACAUCAUACAGUGUUUUGUUAGGCCCGAUGGCUUUUCGGAUCCAUCGACGUACUUAGUUUCAGCUAAAAAGCCAAUGUACAAAGCAGUUAUUUUCGAUAAAGAUGGAACUAUCAUUUGCUUUAACUCAAUGUGGAUGCCGUGGGCAAGGACUAUUGCAAAAAACAUUUCUAGUGACAUAGAACAGGAUAUAGGGUUCGAGAUAUUGACUACUCUUGGGUGCUGCCCAAAAACUCAUAUUAUCAACUCAGGUGUUUUAGCUGAAAGUACUGAAGAACAAAUAAUAAUCGCUCUGACAAACUUGUUAGUUUCUCACGGAAUUACAAAAAGCAUGGCUCAGUCCAUUGUGUCUAAGCAUGUAAAAGCAUUAUCACUUUUACCUGAGCACAUUGUUCAGUUGACUGAUAUGAAAAGCAUGUUAACUACUUUGAGACAGCACUCAAUCAAGACCGCUAUUUGCACAUCCGACAGUCGCAAAGGAACAAUGCAAGCUCUGGCAGUUUUAGAUGUUUUACAUCUAUUAGAUGUCAUUGUUUGCGGUGAUGACCCUGGUAGACCUCCAAAACCGCAUCCAGAUAACGCGGAAUUUAUAUGUAAGGAACUUCAUGUGUCACCUGAAGAAACAGUUAUGAUAGGAGAUACCUCAACGGACAUUGCUUUCGCAAAAAAUGCUAAUCUAGGUUUAUGUAUUGGUGUUCUAAGUGGGAUCGGUCAACAAAAUGGUUUGGAAGCAACUUGGCUUAAGCAUUCUGAAAUUGAUGUUACAUAUUGUGCCAUCUGUGGGUCAUAUAUUGCCAAUCGUGUUGCCUGA